ACACACCCCCUCCGUAGUUCCGUGGCGAGGCGAAGGCUAGGUACCCAGCACCAGCAGGAUCAAAACACGGCCGUGUUCCCGCCGAUGCCCGUUUGCGAGUCUGCGAGCAAGCCAAGCAUGCGCCCCUACAUCCCCAAGGCCACCUUCGCCUUCUGCCACUCCCUCCUCGCCUCCCGCCUCCUCCCCUCCGCCGCCGCCCCUUCCUCGCCGCUCCUCCCCGUCCAGGCCCUCCUCACCACCGCCGGCCUCCUCCCCCGCCACCCGGACCUCUCCCUCCUCGCGCUCAACUCCCUCCUCCACGCCCUUUCCCGCCGCGCCGCCUCCCCAGCCCACCCGCGCCUCGCGCUCGGCCUCCUCCGCGACAUGCUCUCCCCCGCCACGCCACUCCCCGCCCCGGACCACCUCUCCUUCCCCUUCGCGCUCUCCGCCGCCGCCGCAGUCGACGCCCCGGACUCCUCCUCCGAUGCCGGGGCCGGGGCGCAGCUCCACGCGCUGCUCGUCCGGAACGCGCUCUUCCCCGUCGACCACUACGUCACCACCGCUCUGCUCCAGCUCUACGCGCCCCGCCCGGAGCUCGCGCGGCGGGUGUUCGACGAAUUGCCCCGGCGGGAGGCGAUCCACUACGACCUGGUCAUCGGGGCGUACGCGCGCGCGGGGAUGCCCGCGGAGGGGCUGGCGGUGUUCAGGGCCAUGUUCGAGGACGGGGUCGCCCCCGACGCCGUCGUGCUCACCACGGCCGUCGCGGCGUGCGCGCAGGCCGGGGCGCUGGACUGCGGCGCGUGGGUGCACCGGUACGUGGAGCGCGCCGCGCCGGGCUUGCUCGGGGACGCGUUCGUGGGUUCGGCCCUGGUCAGCAUGUACGCCAAGUGCGGGUGCCUGGACGAGGCGGUGCGGGUGUUCGACGGCAUGCCGGAGCGGAACGAGUACGUCUGGGGCACCAUGGUGGGCGCGUUCGCGGUGCACGGGAUGGCGGCGGAGGCCGUCGCGUGCCUGGAGAGGAUGGCGAGGGAGGACGGGGUACGGCCGGACGGCGUGGCGGUGCUUGGGGCGCUGUCAGCGUGCGCGCACGCCGGGAAGGUCGACGACGGGCUGCGCCUGCUCAGGGAGAUGCGCGGCCGGUACGGCGUCGCGCCGGGGCACGAGCACUACAGCUGCACGGUCGACAUGCUGUGCCGGGUCGGGCGGCUGGAGGACGCGGUCGGGCUCAUCGGGACAAUGCCUAUGGCCCCGCUCGAGUCCGUGUGGGGCUCGGUGCUCGCCGGCUGCCGGAGCUACGGCAACGUGGAGCUGGCGGAGGUGGCGGCGCGGGAGCUCGAGAAGCUAGGUGGCACCGCCGAUGAGGGCGUGUACGUCCAGCUGUCCAACAUCUACCUCGAUGCCAACCGGAAGGACGACGCGCGGCGUGUGCGAAAGCUGAUCGGCAGCAGGGGGAUCAAGAAGGCCCCCGCGUAUAGCGCCGUAGAGGUCGACGGCGAGGUGAGCUCGUUCGUCGCCGACGACCAGGCGCACCCGCGGUGCUUCGAGAUAUGGGAGGUGCUUCGGCUGCUGGUCGACCAGAUGGCGCAAAAACCAGACGAGGAAGAAACAUUGCGUGCAUUGUUGUAAAUCAGAAGAAUGUAGCAUAGAAAACUGCAGCAAUUUUACCAUUAGGAACAGUGGUUGAUGUUAUAUUUCA